GACCCGCAGUCCGAUUCAGAGGAAACCUCAGACACCCCCGCUGACGUUGACCUGACGGACUCCACUGUGAGACGCCUGGUUAAUAACCUAGUACACCAACUUUCUGAGGACGCCGAUAUCUCGUCUGAAGGCGUCGACGCUGCCACCGCAACCACCGACGCCAAUGCCACCGGGGAACCCGCUGCUAACGACACUAUACCGUUUGCAGCCAUAUUCAUAAUCGGGAAUGAUUAUGCAGACCAGAAUGCCAAUUUCUGGCUUAUUAUCGAUAUGCAGCCAUCUGUACACCUCGGAGCCCUGUCUUCAUUUUCCGAGGCAAAAUGGCAUGCCGGCAUCCCGACCUGCAAUCAGAUCAGGCCCCUGGGAAAUGACGAUACUGAGGCGAAUCCUCACAAACCACGUCGUACCACUCCGUCUGCCGAGGCCUCGUCUUCUGACCGACCCCGCAAUGUGGCACCUUUUCGCCUAUCUCCCUUUUCCUGGUCCUAUCUUCACCAAGUCCUCUUGGACAGUGUACUUCGUUCGGUGGAGGAUGACUUUCAGUGA